UCCAAGGGACUCAAGGGUCAUGCCUGCGACUCAGUCAGUGACGCUGCCGCUCUCCUCCAAACAAGGCAGGCCUCUGGGCGAAGGGCAGCCCUGUCUGGCCCUCUCAUCAGACCACAUCCUGUUUGUGUUGGGUCUUUUAUCAAUGCAGUCCGCACUGCCCCCUUCUUCACCACCAGGUCCUCAAUGGAAUCCCAGGGCCAGGAAUGCACAGCAAUCAGAGCACACAGCACAAGUGCACCCCGGGGGCCUACAUAAAGCAUGGAGGACCCGGGAGCCACACCUCCUGGGUAAGAACCCAGAGCAGCUCUGCCCAGCCCGGCCCGGGGUCCAGCCGCCCUCCUGGGAGCAGGCCCGCAGCGCGAUGCUAAGACCCUACUCCCUGUCCUACGUCCUCCUCCUGCCUCUGGCUGCCUGCUCUCCUGCCCUGCACAGAGAAGAGCCGGUGGACGCCAUGGGUGGCGCUGGAGGUGAAACGCGCUGGGCCGACCUGGCUGGGGGACGCCGCUUCCCGUGGGGCUCCCCUGGGUGGCCGAGAGUUCAGCACCCACUGGCCCUGCUCGUCAUGGCCGAGGAGCUGCAGACGACAGGCAGAGGAGGGCGUGCCGGCUUCAAGCUGCGGUUCGGGAGGCAGGACAACGGCAGCGAGGCUGCGGGCUUCCUCCCAGCUGGCGAGAAGACCAGUGGCCCCUUAGGGACCCUGGCGGAGGAGCUCAGCGGCUACAGCAGGAAGAAAGGUGGCUUUAGCUUCCGCUUCGGCCGGCGGUGAAGGGGCCUGGCGUCCUGGAAGGGGCUCCUCCUUGACCCUCGCUGCCCUCCACCCACCGUUUCCACUCCUGUCUUCUCCUUGAGCCUCAAAGACCAAGUCAUUGGGAAGGUGUAUUAGUAAUGAACUAUGAUAGGAAUUAUAAUUAGCAGUAGGAUUGGUUAGGCGAGUGCUUACUUUCGAUUUCCAACUUUGCUGAAGCAAAACCUGGGAUGGUGUCAAAGAGGAGGUGAGCAGAAGCAAGUCUCCGUUAGUCGAGAUCGCCCGUGGUGGUGCAGCUCCCAGGCAGGCAGACUGUGGUGUUUCAGCCCCUCCCUUGGGGGGCUGGUUCUCAGCAGUCCCCUGGCCCCGGGGGCUGUUGGGCCAUGAAUGUGUGUAGGCAGAGCUGGCUGCGCUGGCUUGAAGCUGAAGGUGGGUGGGCUGAGUGAUUACAGUGGGGUAAUGAGUUUUGACUCUCCGUCAGGACAUCUGCGGUUGACAUCCAAACUGCGACUGUGAGUGAGCACAUUCCACUCACUGGGUACAGAGGAUGGUUCUGAAAGUUUAAAAUGGAAAAAAGAAACCUUGUUCUCCACCCCAUUAACACACCAUCCCUCUGGCAAGAAAACCUUGCUAUGGUGUUGAGAUGCCAUUUGGACCGGCUGCCCAUCCUCUUCUGAUAGCUGUCCUUCUCAGUGGUACAGUGUUUGACAAGCCAAGAGUCUCGUGGGAGAUGAACA